AUGCAGGAGGAGCCACCUUGCAUGUCCUACGUCGACCGGAUCCUGCAUCUCCAACGCACAAUUGAGAUCAUCUGGAAGCAAAUUUAUUUAUUAUUUGCAUAUCAUCUCCCUCCUCUAACGCUUCUAAAUGUUCUUUCCCCCAAAUUCGACCACUAUCCUGGCGAUGACUGCCCCCUUCUCUCCGCGGUUGGACGGCUUCAUGCCUUCCCGCGGCUAUCAAAUAGAGGCAAAGGCAUGUGGAUCUCCUGGCGGAUCAUCCCCAUCUUCCCCCCUCAAGCUCUGACAGUCGGGACUCCACUCGCUGAGGGUACCCGAAUUCCACACCGAGGCCCGAAACACAACAAACGCCCGCCAAUACUGUCGAAUUCACUGUGGAAAGGAAUCACAUAA